AUGGUUUACUCGACAGUCAAGGCUUAUAAGCCCGCGGACCCUGUUCAGUUGCCACUGAGCAAGGAUUCGGGCUACGAUAGAGAGUAUAUCUCGUUGGACAGGCUGAUUGAGGACCACAUUCCUGAGAUCCAGGACAACACCUGGUUCUGGAAUAGUCCUCUUCUGUUUAAUGGCCAUCUUCAAACGAUGUAUGCUGCUGCUGGAAACUUCGAAAAUGUGGAUCAAAUUUACUACGGACGUCGAUUGUUGACUUGGGACAAUGGUGCUACUGUGUCUGUCGACCACGUCAUUAAUACUCCUACCUCGAAAACCGAAUGGGAAGAGGCUCUUAAAUAUAAACCUACUGACAAUCUUCCUAAAUUCCCGUCUAGAACACGAUACUUGACUCCUGAAGAGAUUAUCAAGUUCGAGAAUCCAAAUGAAACCCGUCCUUUGCUAAUUACUCUUCACGGGCUGACUGGUGGGUCUCAUGAAUCGUAUGUCCGAGCCACCAUCAACCAGCUUAUUUUCAAGGCAGGAUCUCGUUUCGAGUGUCUUGUAUUGACCAGUAGAGGCUGUAACCGAACCAAGAUCACCACACCUCAAUUGUUCUGUGGUGCUGCCACUGAAGAUAUCCGGAAUUUUGUCAACCGGAUCCGGGAAAUCCAACCCAACCGUAAAAUCUAUGCUGUUGGAUAUAGUCUUGGAGCAUCGAUGUUGGCCAACUACCUUGGUCAAGAGGGUUCAGACAUUCAAUUAGAAGGAGCCUGUUGUGUCGCCAACCCCUGGGAUCUCAAUGUCAGCAGUAUUGAGCUGCAAAAUACAUACAUUGGCCGUAAUCUGUACUCGCCAACCAUGACCAAAAACCUGCUUCGUUUAGUCAAGAACCACAAGGACGUGCUUUCUAAUAACGAGCACUUUGUGAGAGCACUCAACAAACCGUCACCACGCACCCUUCCUGAAUUCGAUGACCUGUACACUGCGCCAUUUUUCGGGUUCGACUCGUCGUCCGAUUACUAUAGACUCGGCAGCAGUGUGCACCGAUUGACGUCGAUUCGCACACCCACACUAAUCCUCAACUCGCUCGACGACCCCGUUGUCUCAGAACUGGGCAUUCCCUACGCCGAAGCCAAAGUCAACCCAUACACAUACCUCGUGACCACCUCGGUCGGCGGCCACUUGGGCUGGUUCGAGCCCGGUGGCAAACGGUGGUUCGCCGGCGUCAUUGCCGACUACUUCAUCACCCUCGACAACAACGUCAGUACCGUCAAAAAUGCGGUCGCCUCGCUCGACCACCUGCCCAAACGCAAGUGGAAUGUAGAUAGACACAUCCUGUAA